UCUGGAAUAGGAAAUCUCUGAGCUGAUGAAGGGGAGCUCUGAGGUGAAGCAGCUCUCCCAGUCUGAAGACCACCUCCACCUCCUCCAAAGCUUCUCCUCCCUGAAAGCUGCUCCACCCACCAAGAACUGGACAGAGGUCAGAGUCCGUCCACCAUCACAUGAGGGGACUGUGGUGAGAGCUGUGGCUCAGCUGGAGGAGAAGAUCACGGAAAAGAUGAAGAUAUUGAUAGAGGCUGAGGUGGAGAGGUUCCAGCAGUCUGCAGUGGAUGUGACUCUGGAUCCUGAUACAGCUCAUCCUGACCUCAUCCUGUCUAGGGAUGGAAAACAGGUGAAACAUGGAGAUGUUAGGAAGAAACUACCAGACAAUCCAGAGAGAUUUUCUUGGUGUCCAUAUGUUUUAGGACAUCAGAGUUUCUCUUCAGGCAGAUUUUACUUUGAGGUUCAGGUUAAAGGAAAGACUGAGUGGGAUUUAGGAGUGGUCAGAGAGUCCAUCAACAGGAAGGGAGAGAUCACACUGAGUCCUGAGGAUGGUUACUGGACUGUUGUGUUGAGGAAUAGCCAUGAGUACAUAGCUUGUGCUGAUACUGCAGUCCCUCUCAAUCUCCAUCCUGGUCCUGAGAAGGUGGGGGUGUUUGUGGAUUAUGAGGAGGGUCUGGUCUCCUUCUAUGAUGUAGAUGCUGCAGUUCUGAUCUACUCCUUUACUGGCUGCUGCUUCACUGAGAAACUCUACCCAUUCUUUGGUCCCAGUCUUAAUGAUGAAGGUAAAAACUCUGCUCCUCUGAUCAUCUGUCCUGUUAAUCAGGCUGAAAGCUCCUCUGAUGAAGAAUGAAUCUGUAGAUGAACAACAAAG